AUGAACGGACCUCAGGCCACAGUUCCUUCAGUUCUGCUUCCCGAGAUACUCGGUUUUAUCCCCCAGCUUCUCCUAGACGACAUCGUCAACAUCGCGAACAACGCCGUUGGGCACACCGUCGACGCCGUCGAGCAAUUCUUCCAGAAGGAGUCCGAGAAACGCGAGCAGGAGCUUGCGCAGGCGGGGAAACAGCAGCAGGAAGACCAAGACGACGACGGGUGGGACACGGAGGUCGAGCAGGGCCUGGUGGCGUACCAGACCCUGCUCGACUCACACGUCGAUAUUGCGUUCGAUUUCUUCGAGGCUUGGUCGUUGAGGAAUAUCUUUGCGAUUCCGGCGGAGUUGCCGCUCGUCGUGCCACAUCAGGAGGGGCUGAACCUCGAGCAGCCCCCCGAGAGGGAAGCGGAGCUCAUGGCGGAGGUCGAGGAGUUACGGAGGAAGAUCGACAACAUGCGGCGGUUAGAACGUCUCUACACCCGCGCCGUCCGCAAAUCCGCCGCCCAGCUCGAGCGCUCCCAACGCCGCCUACAACGUCUCACCUUCCUCCAAUCUCCCUCGCUCUCCUCGCUCUCUUCGCUCCCCUCCACCUUCAUGCGCAUGUACGACUCCGUCUCGCAGCUGCCGCCGAUCGACCACGCGUCCGAGACAGCAGUCGCGCUCACGCAGCUGCGCCUGAGCGACCCGGGCAAGCGGCAAUGGGAGACGAACCGCACCGGGUACUUCAACUGGGCGGUGGAGCAGCUCAUGGCAAGGGCGAGGGAGCAGGGUGCGACGGCUGUGGAUAAGGCGGAGGAGGAGGCGGGGCGCGUGGGCAGUGUGGAGGACGUCAGGGCGCUGUUGGAGGAGCUGGGCGAGACGAGGGAAGAUAGGAAGGAUGAUAUGGAGGAGGAUUGAUGCGGUUUGUUCUUCGGGUACGGCCCAUGCUUCAUACAUUGGGCAGAGCCGAGCCGUUAAGCAACGGUGCCGUGUUCUUCGCCAUUUCCGAGUGCUGAGGUCAUCCGACGCUGUCUUGUCGUGUUCCUCGACAUGCCCCAUGACGCUUGCCUUAGAUGGGACGCGGCAGGCCCUCCCUUCGCCCUGUGUUCUCGGGUCCCGCUGUCACCAAGCGGGCUCAGAUCCAUGCUUUUCCAGGGAACUUUUCCGAUCGUC